AUGCUUUUGACAACCGCGCUCGCGGUGUUUCUGAUUGCCUGGAGCUCGAUCUUUCUUUUUGAUUAUGUCUUGAGACUCAAAAACUAUGAGCCCUACAUCAGGUUCAGUUAUCGAGUCGGUCUUGAAGUUUCUCCUUUGCAGGUAGCAUUCCAAUUAAAUCUAUUAGAAAAAGUUUUAAACAACUUAGAUCCGGUUCUACUUGCCCCAGUUGGAUCCUUCCUCCAUCACGUUAGCUGAAGAGAAACGAAAAUCUUUAGGUACACCUAGAUUUCGAUUUUAUUCUUUGAGUGAUGAAAAGGUCGUGCUUGGGAAUGUUGAAAAUCACAAAAAUGCUAUUUAUUCUGAAAAAAAUCAGAAAAAAAUAAAAUUCAUUUAUUGUAGAAGUACGCCUUUUUCUCGACCUCAGAGGUUUUAGUUUGUUGCUGUCACAUUUUUAUUAAUUGAAAAGGGUAUCGAAAUUUUCCAAAUUUUAAGAAAUUGGUUUUAAUUUUUUUGGAAAUUCUGAUUCCGGAAAUAUUUUUCAACGAUUAGCUUUUUCUUUCAAUGCUCGCAUAAGUUUUUUUCAUUAAAUUUAAAACAUAUAUGGAAGUUUUUGCGAAGCUUACAUAAUUUUUAUUAACCUUUGCUCAUUUUUAUUUAUAAUUUAAGGCCGGAAAGAACGGAUAAAACAAGCUUUUAACAUGGCUGUGGUUCUGCAUUGGUGUGAUCGCUUCGAUCGUUUGUCUUUUCGGUAUCACCAUCUACCUCUCGCACUCGAUCUAUAAAGGUUUCCUGCAUUUCUAUUUGAAACCAUGAUUUUGCGUUCUUUCUAGAUGUUUCUUACUGGGCCUCUCUGCGUCCUAGAACCACGCAGUUUCGCGGAAUCAACGUUUUGGGGAAACCUCUGACGACCGAAGUGCCGCCGAAAUCGGAGGCGCCUAUGGUUUUUGAUUCGCCUAAUGUUGUAGUUGCAAACGAGGACAACGACGUUUUUGACUCAGGACAAAAGGGAAACGGAGGUUUCUGAAGAAUGAAAUUAAAAUAAGUAUGCAUAUGUUUAGGGUUAAUACCUAUAAUUCCGGGGUUCAAUUUACCUUGGGAGCACCUUCCAGUCUUCAUGUUGGUACUCAUCAUCUCCACUCUGGUACACGAGGUCGGUAUUUGAAUUUAAAAAAUCCAUGAGAAAACUAGAAAAUUUUUUUAAAAUUUCGAUUUUCAAGUUUGGGCACGCGAGAGCCGCAACUACAAAUAACAUCCGCGUGAACGGCUUCGGACUUUUUCUUUUCGGAGUUUAUCCGGGCGCCUUUACCGACGUCGAUACCCAGUCCCUCAGUCAGAGUUUUCAUCUCUGAAAAUGUUGAAAAAAGUUUGUUCAGAACGUUCAACGGUCUUCCAAAGGCUGAUGGUUUUCGGGGCCGGGAUUUGGCACAAUCUGAUGCUCGCUCUGCUGGCCUACCUCAUUUUUCUUUCAACUCCUUCCUUUUUCGCUCCUCUCUAUGUCGAAGGCCGGGGAGUCACUGUAAGAGGUGAGGAGAAGCCUCAAAUCUCCGUUUUUAUCGUUGAAUUUAAGCCGUGGACAAGCAAUCCGGAUUGAACGGGGCCAAUGGCCUGAGAGCUGGCGAUGUCGUCGUGGCGAUCAACGACUGCGAUGUCGCUUUCGGGAGAGAUUGGCUGCGAUGUAUCCAGAGGGUGAAGGAUCAGAAAACUGGUUACUGUGUUCCCAGCGACCGAGUACUCGCCGCCACUUCCUUCAAUGUGAAUAUCCUUUUUUAAGUUAUCAAUUUUGCAAGCAUUAGUAUUUUUUUCUAGCCUUCAAGUUAUAACGUAAGAAAGAAUUUAUCGAAAGUCCUGUAUUAUUUUUGUGUCUUCUCGAAAUCCCUUACUUUGUCCGACUUUCUAGAAAUGGAUAUCGACGGACGAAGUUCAUUGCUGUGAUGAGUUCAACGUAAGCAGUGCUCAUGUUUGCUUCGAGAGAGAAGAAUUGGAGAAAAAGGAACUGACGAGUCACGCCCCGCAACUCAACGCUCUUCUGGGCAUUGAGAGCCGUAAAGACCAUCCGGUUCGAUCUGAGAAGCAAAAAAAGAGAGAAGAACUUGCCCUUUCAGAAAAAAGAUGAGACGGUGAAAGUCACGAAACACAGUUGUCUCAAUGCGCGCUACGUUUUGGAACAAGCAACCUGCAACGAAACUGCUCCCUGCGCCAAGGUUUCAUCUUUUGAACAUUUCAAAACUUCUCAAUGGUAUCGAUUUUCAUUAUAAAAUGUCUCUUGAAGUUCUUUUCUGAAAAUUUACCGUUAGCUAAAUGCAACUCUAGAGAACUUAUGGUUAAUUCAUGAUUUAAGAAAGUGUUUUCUACGGUGAUUUGAAAGAAACUAAUACGUUUAUCAAAUGAAGAAAAUUUGAAAAAGGGAAACUUUGUUGUUUCUCUUUUUUUGCUUCUGAAAGUUGGAAAGAACUCAAGUUUACACCUCUUAAAGUCAUAUCUUCAAAAUUCGCCAUUCAUCUAUUUUUUUAAAUUUUUUUGUUGAUCGAAAUCGUUUGAAGAUCAAUCAACCAAUUAGGAUGUAAAGUGAAAAAAAGAAGAUUAUAAAAAAAUUUUUCGUUCAACUCAACUUUUUCAAGGCUGAAAACGCAAAUUUGUGCGUUUAUCCAGCGCUUUUCAACGGUACCCAACUCGUCAAGAUCAAAACCAAGAACAAGAGCAUCUCGGUGCUUUACGUCGGUCAUCUUGAUGAGGUUGAACUCUCCUCGAAAACUUGACGUCCUCCGAGUUUUUCCAGAUGCUGCAGCUGGUCGAGGUGCAUUCCUGGACGCCUUCCACUUCUAUUUUCGGCUUCGAAUUGAUCGACGGCGUUCAGUUGUUCGCCAAGUACCUGUUCACGAUUUCUCUUGCUUUGGGACUCGUCAACGCCUUGCCCUGCUACGCGCUCGAUGGACAGUACAUCUUGACAACUUUGCUCGUAGGCAUGUGUAUUUCGGCUAGGUUUGUUUUUCUUUGACAGGAAAAAGCAAAAAAUUAUCUUUUCCGAAAGCACAAAAUAAGUCGCGGUCGAAAAAACCUAGGGAAGUGCGCUCCAUCGUUAUUCGAGUCCUGAUUUAUUUUCAAUUUUUUAUGAUUUGAGUCUGGGGUUUUUUUUCAAUUUUUGACACAACUUUGUUGCAUUUGGCGAUGAACUUUUUAUCUAUAACAUUUUUUCACAGUUAGAUUCAAAAUUUGAACUUUCAAUCUGAAAAUUUCUGGAUAUUAGACAAACCUAUUAUCUUCUCAAACUUGAAAAAAAAAACUUGGCUUUUCGCCAACGCGCUUCAGUCUUCUCUUUAUGGUACUCAUUCUAAGAGGUCAUGAAAGUGAAUGAAAAUAACAAGUUUUCAAAAAUUUUACACGAAGCCUACUUUCCGCUGUAUGAGAGUAUUUUUAGAACCGCUUUUUUGUCUUAUUUCUGCGUCCUUUCUGGAAAAACUUGAAAGAAAAGUGGUGAUUUUAACGGGUUCAGAAAACGUCGAGCGAUUCGGUCAGUCGUCCUGCUGCUCGGUUCUAUCCUUCUUUUCGCUAAUAUCGUCGCCGGGUUCCUGAGACUUCUUUAGUAAACUAACCAUUCAUUCAUUUUUUCAUUUUUUCCAUAUAAUUUAUUCUCUCUUUUCCUUCUUAUCGGGCCUAGUGCUUUUUCAGGUUUUUUUUUUGAUGCUUUUUGUAAAAAAAAAACUGCUGCAAUUUUUCGUGGCGAUGCAUAUAUCCUUGAUUUCAUUAAAUCCACGGAAAAUAAUCACAUUCCGCACAAUUUUUUUUGUUUCUUUUUUCCUCCUAGCCAAAUUUUUGUUGUUCCAAACUUUUCAGCGUGUCCCAGAUUAUAUACUUUCAAGAGCUGGUAAUUGUGAUGAUAUUUAUUCUAUCCAAAGUUAGUCACCCUUCAUUCUGUGUCAAUCAGUCGUAUCCCUACUUAUCACUUUUUUCAUAAUUCGAAGUUUCUCCUAAGAGUUCCAAGUUUGUCCAUCCGAUACUGUUCCAUAUCGUAUCACUCCGAAUGGGUUUCCUCAUGCACAUUCUAUUUUUGACAUUCUUUUGAUUGUCUGGUAAUAAAUUUCGGUGUUUUUCCGUAAGACUUUUCUCGUAAAAAAGCUUGAGGAUCAUUCCAAAGCCUAGCUGGCACUGAAGUGUUUUUGGAGUUCGAAUGAUUGAAUCUGAGAUGCUAAAAAGAUAAAAUUUUCUUUUUUUAGUGCUGACUUGAGCCAAGUGAAUUCAAAAAAGAUGAAAUUAUGAAAAGGAUUUUUUUUUAUUGAAUUUUCUUUUCAUAGUUGAUACUCAUUUGAAUGGCCCAACUCGUAGUUGACAGCUCUGAGAAAACGCGUCGAAACACUAGUGAACCCACGACUGAUUGUAUACAAUAUUUUUGAACGGGUCGCAAAAAACCACGAGUUGGGUUAGUCUAUUCACGACACGCUCGAGAGGAACGCGGCGUCAUCGAGAAAAGUUGCCUCUUUAGUGAUUACUAGAAAUCUUUUUGACACGAUAUUUCAAAUUGAAAACGUCUCGUUGAAAAAAAAAAGCUAAUUUGCGAAGGGAAGAUGUGCGUGAAACACUGUGAAUGCGAAUGUUUUGGUGUUUGUUGGGUGGAUUUUGAAAGUAGCUUCGCAGUGGGGUGCGUUCACGUGUUUGCACGCACCCGCUGCAGCCAGAUCGAUCGCCAAAACGCAAGUUGAGCGCUCAGAUUUGCUCGGCUCUUUUUAAAUUACCUUAUUUGAUGUUGAUUUAUGUCAAUGUCUCAGAAAAUCUUACGCUAAAUGUUUUCUGUAUCAUCUUCUCUGUGAAUACAAAAAACAUAAAAAACUAGAAUACGCCUAAUUAUUUUUAGGUUUAAUUAUUUACUUCACGCUUUUUCGUCAAUUUUCAAUUUUUUUUUCUUCCGUCUUUAUUUUUUUGCAUUGUUUCGAUAGCAAAUCUUGUAGAUCAAUUUAGUUUUCAAAUUAUGAAAUUUUCUCCGUUCUCAUUGUAGAUUUGUUUACCUUUUUAAACUCAAUUUUGCAAAAUUUUGAAUUUAAAGUCGUAUCGAUUUUCAUAACUCGUGAUAGCGAUUUAGUUUCAUAUAUUUUCUCUUUUGCUUUCCUGAUGAUCUGUUCGAAAAAAAAAGAAAAAGAAGAAAUUUUUUUAAAAAAGUCUCACUAUUAAUGCUGUUUAUUUUUCCAAGUCCUGUAUUCAAAUUUUUGAAAUAAAUUGAAUUCUGUAAAUGGUUUGAGUUUCGAUUUCUUAUCGUUUUUUUGAUCGAAAUUUUUCGCAUUUUUUUGCAUAUCUUAAAAUUUUACAGAUGGCAGAAAAAAAGGAAACUUUUGGCUGAAAUCGAUAAAUGUUACAAAAAGGUAGAAAAAUUGAAGUAUUUACGUUUUAUCAUUAUGUUUUUAGAUCGAUGAAGGCGUUGAGCUCUUCGAAGAUACGAUGCAAAAAAUGCAAGAAGCGAAUAGUGACAAUCAAAGGGAUAAAUAUCAAGUAAAAACUGAAACUGAAGAAAGACCUUGAAAAUUUUAUAAAUUUCAGGAUGACCUCAAAAAGGAAAUCAAGAAGUUGCAACGACUACGCGAUCAAGUAAAAGGAUGGCAAAAUAGUUCCGAUAUCAAGGUUUUCGAUCAAUUAGAGCUCGAUUUUAUUUUUGAGAUGUUCCAGGAUAAGGAAAAGCUAAACCAAUAUAGGAAGUUGAUCGAAGGUAGGAUGGAGCAGUUCAAGGAUAUUGAACGAGAAAACAAGACCAAGCCUCAUAGCAAACAAGUUUGUAACAAUGCCGUAACAAUUCCAGAUUUGAUCUUUUUAGGGCCUUUGUGCGGAAGAGAAACUCGAUCCCAAGGAAAAAGAGCGGUACGACGCCGUUGAUUGGAUUCAGGUUCAUAAGAGUUUCCGUUUGAAUGAAGAAAUUAUUGGUUUGAAGAAUUUAAUACGAGAGUUGAACGACGAAGCCGAUAGAACGGAAAUGUUGAUAGAAUCCUUGACUUCUUCCGAAGUUGGGAAGAAAAGAGGGAAAAAGGAUGAGUUGAAAAAAGGCGAAAAGGAGGUUAUUUUCAUUUUUCCUGUCAUUUUUCAUCAAAAAACAUUCCAGAAGAAGGUGGAAGAACUGAAAAAGCAUUUGGAACGAAUGAAGUUUCAUUUGGGAAAACUAGAGGUUUCCCUAACGAAUAUCAUUUCUUCAAAGGAUCUUUUCUUUCAGAUUUGCAUGCGAAUGAUUAAUAAUGAAUCUUUGGAACCUAAAGUUGUAAUAGAUGUAUUAAAAGAGCAGUUAGAGACAUAUAUUGACCUUUUCGAUCCGGAUAACGAGGACAAAACCGAAAUCGAUCUCUACGAUCCUGAAGGUUCGUUUAUUUGCUUUUUAAAGACCAGAAUUGAAAAUGAAUGAGUUUUUUGAAUGUCGUAUUAUUUGCGAAACUCGCUUUCUCACUGAAAAAAAAAGACUCGAUUGAAAUGUUCUAAUUAGUAUGUAUAGUGCUCGGAACAUCGUGAACCAUCGAUUAGUUCUAUUUAAAAACUGAAAAUUCGAUUUUCAGAUGUCUAUGAUGAGUUGAAACUUGACGUUUUGACUGUGCAAUUGGGAGGAAUAAAUCUGUCGUCAAUAGAUGAUGAUCAAAAAGAAAACGGUAAGUUUCAAGAUUUGUCUUGCUUCAAAAAAGAAAAUCUACUGAUCACGUUACAAAGAAAUUGAUUCUCAUUUCAAUUUCGAUUUUCUUUUUUAUAUUAUUUUCAAAGCUAGGAUUUAGUUCAAAAAUUAUUAUUCGUGGAUUCAAAAUAAACGAUGUAUGAGAUUUCAAUAUGAAUCGAACUACGAAUGGAACUUCAUAAAAGUUGCGAAUGUGCGAAAAUAUAUUAAAAAUAGUUAAACUGACCUCUGCCACCGGCAUUUUGCCUUUUUUGCCUUUUUGGCGCGUCACACAUUUGACCUUUGAAAACGUUUUUGCAAUUCGGAAAUAUUCAAGUUUACCAUAGAUCGCUGUUAUAGAUCAUUCCAUACCGAACUGAAAUAAUCAUUGUGGAGAGUUUCCACCAGAUAACAAAAAUACAGUUCGGAACGAAUAUUUCUAGACAUCAAUUUUAUAAUUUUUUUCUCAAGCAUUUGAUAUGAAUCUGAAACGAAAAAUUAAAAACAAGUCUUGGCGGUGUUGAUCUCUGGGAUCGGCAUUGCAAUUUUAGGCGCCGCCGGUUUUUUUGACCUUUUCGUUUGGUAAAUAGACAUUAGUUGUAGGUCAAGAGAACGGUCUGGAAGGCGAGGAGAAAAGUUCGCGGCACAACAGUUCGGAGUCUCCUGCAAGUCCCGCAGGCCGGCGGAAUCCUCCUCACUCGGCAACGAGUAUUCCGCCGUCGCCGUCCUCGAUUCUUGGAGAAUCCAGGGCAAAAUUGACGAAGUUCGUCUUCUUCUCUCGCUUUUCCGUUCUUCCUCGCUUUAUUUUUGAUGACUUUUCACUGGACUUUUUUUAAAGCUUAUUGGACUCUUUCAUUAGCAGCUUUUAUCCAAGUUUUUCGCUUUUUUUGUUGCUUGGUAAAUUUAAUUACUAACUAAAACUAUUGAAAAGCUCUUAGUUGCUUCGGGUACGGCUCUUGAUUAUCAUUUUACGAGCAUGUCGAAAAAUUUGUUCAAAGCAUUUUUCCAGUUUCGUCGAUUAAAAAAAAUAAAAUUGAGAAAAAAAUUAUACUUUUUUUCGUCUCAGCUCGAUCCAAGUGUUUGGAAAAUAUUGAUUUUAUUGCUCGUGCAAAUUGAAAAAAAGGAAAAAAAUUUCUACUUUUUUUCAAGUUUAAAAGAUUUUUCACGGUUUUUAAUCGACUUUUUUUGAAGUUAAAAGUAAGGGAAUCUUUUUUUGUUUUUUUGAAAAAAAUUUCUGAAUUCUCCGCAAAUAUAUCUACUCGAUCCAAACGAUGCUGAAUUAAAAAAAUCAAACUCUUCAAACUUUAAAAAAACAGUUAUUUUUACGAUGCCUAAUGAUUUAAUAUCGACUUAACGAAAAUAGUAUAUUCAACUUCAGGAUUGCCAAGUUAACGCUAUAGAAGUUUACACAGUUUCUGUAAGCAUUGAAAUUGCAAAGCCUAAUAAGUGUACUAUUAAUGCUGACUAAAAGCUUCACUGACACAAUUUCUUUUCGUCUCGGUACUAAUUGGUGUAUUGAUAGGGAACCUUCUCUGGAAAGUCCCACGUCUCCGGCGGGCUUCGGUAAGCCAAGUGAAGUAGCGGCGAACGUCGCGACGACGACGGCCGCGGCUCCUCCGCCCCCAGGAAUCCCCUACAACUCGGUGGCGGCAGGACGACCCUCCGCCUCGGCGACGUCGACGCCGACCAUCCAGCCUCGCUCCGCCGCCUCUUCGCCGCUUGUCGUUGCACCGUCAGUCUCUCUCUCUUUCUCUCGCUCUUCCUUUUUGCUCUCUCCGUUUCAAACACUUUCUCUCUUCUUCCCGUUCUUAUUUCCGUUUUUUCAUCGUUUCCUGACGUCAUUUGCACUAUGGUGGUUGACGGUUUGCUCUAACAAGGAAGGUCGUUUCACUUCGUGCUUGAAAAUUAUCUGUAGUUUGGCCCAAGCGCUCUUUUAUGUUUCAUAUCGAGUCUUUGAAAGUUUCGGCUUAUACCGUUGUCUUUUUUUUUUAGAAUGGAUUCCUCAAAAUCAAGAAAAACAAUGCGGCAAUUUUUUGCUUUUUUCAAAAGCGUUUUAUUUUUUAUUUUCAAACGUUAGUUAUUCAUUUAGUAAUUAGAAAACGUGUUUUGAAGAAACUAAGAAAAAAGUGAAAGGGCCUUCGAAUUGGGUAUUGUCACGGUUUUUUCUUAAAAAAAUUUACCCUCAGUUUUCGAGUUUAGCGUCAUUUUUAUGGCGAAAAUGGAACAGAGGAACAAAAAAUUCGAAAAGAGGCCAGUUAUUUGACAUUGGAGGCCUACCUCACAGCUGAAACCGAAACUGCCAAUAAAAAAAAGUGCGCGACGACAUGGGCGGUUCUUUUUUGGUCAGAAGCCUUCAUUGGCCCAUGUAUGAUGCAAACCGCUAACCAAAGUAUUCCAUUUGACUUUUUUACAUUUUCUGUUAUUUUUGACUUGUUUGAAAGUUUAUCUUUCUAACUAUUGAUCUACUUACUCCUGCUUGAAACAUGGGAGAAGGUUUUUGUUCAUUGAACGGAGGGGAACAGUCUUAUCAGGUUUAUGAGUCACAAGGGGAACCUGUUCCUUUUUUCAAUCCAAUGUUCAACACCUGCCGUAAAGUUGCGAUUUCGCCCGCUUUCCUUUUUCGAAACAGUUAUUCUUGAAUUUAAAAACUGCCUAAAUACAUGUAGUAGUUCUUUAAGUUAACGUCAGGUAACUAUAAUAGACAAAAAUUUUUGACGGCAAAGAAUUUUUGAUGAGGCAAGUUAUUUUGUUGGUAUAAAUUUUAGGCUUGUUCUAUUUAUGAUUAAAUUUUGAAGUCGUGAAGAAAAUUAUAACUAAAAAAUUAAAAAAAAGUUUAAUUAGGCUUGAAGUUUUUUAUCUAUAUUUUCUACUCCUUUUUCGGUUUUCCUCGUUAUUUUUCGUUUUUAUGAUCUAUUAUUGCCAAAAUUAGUAAUAAAGAGCUUAAUCGAAUAAUUUUCCAGCAGCUCGCCGUCGCCUCCCGCCGCGCCAACCACUCCUCCAGUAGCCAUGACCAACGAAAGCUAUGAUGCCAAGAGCGAUGUGAGCAUUCUUUGAGUGGGAAAAUUUUAUGGAUUAAGAAUAUGACUUUUUUUAGUUCUUGUCUUAAAAAUAUAUUGUUAAAAUCGAUCGAAAGAAAAGGUUAAGGAAAGUGCGCUCUAGGAAAACAAAUAAAUUGAAUAAAAAGAGUCAAGUUUUUUUAGUGUGUGGUUUGAUUUAAGCCAGAUUUUUUUGAAGAUUUAUUGAGUUUUUUUAUUUUUUUAAUCCUUUUUAGUCGUGCGUUGGGUACCUAUCAAAAAUUUCUCCGCUUCAAUUGACGAAGCCUGUUUGUUGCUUCUUUUUUUGCUGUCUAACUGUUUAAAUUAAGGAUAGCUAUUCAACUUCAGAAACUUUAGCGUUGUCAGGAUCAUAAGCGAAAUCAAUAAUAUUUUGAGACGAAAAGGUUUUUUCAUUGUUUUUUUUUCAUUAUAACCUUGUUUUUAUUAAUUUUUUUUUGUCGUUAAGAGUCUUCCUUCGAUCAAAUAUGGUUUGUUCCUGAAGAUUCCCAUGCGUUUCAGAGCCCUGCUCCUGCGAGGUUGGAAGAUAUUGUGCCGAGUGUGGUGGCGACGCCGGCGCUGAGCGAAACUUCGGAAAGAACCAGUGUCAAUGGUAGCGUUCGCACUAUAAAACCCUCCAGACAUUUGGAUAUUGAAGGUGAUAUCAACAAGGCGAACAACAAAGCAGCGAAUCAAAACGAGGAAUCGUUGAGAGUGCUGCGACUCUCGCAGAACAAGCCGACGACGACGAGCACCGAACCUAAAAGGGUUCGUUUUUUUUUCUGGCAAAUUUCCCUUCCUCAAGAAUUUUCAUGAGUUAGCAUUCGACUAUGAAUGUUUUUUUUUAGAUCUUCAGAGAAUUUUUGAAAGAAUUUUCAGAAAAUCUCAAACUUGACGCUAAAAUCACCUUCCUUGUCGGAUGAAUUUCAAUAAUUGAUCUGACUUUAUCCCGAUUUUUGCAGGCGCACAUUCCGGCGUGGCUCGGAGCCUCCCCGCUGGGUCGUGCUCCAAGCACCAACGAGUACGAGGUGCAGAUGACGGCCUUGGAGUUGGCGUUGAUGAGGACGACGCUGCCUUUGGACAGCGAACGGCCGCGGACCUACCUCCCGAAGAUCGUCUGCCCAAGUCCUCACUACUACGCCCAGGUCUGUCUUUCCUUAAGGAACCGCGCAAAAAAAGCUCCGUUUUUUAUCAUCAUCGUAUGCAUGAAAAGAGUACAGUCUUCAUCCGAAGAUGGUAGAUGGCUAAAACUCGCUUCGAGAAGUAAUUGAGUUUUUUUUUUAUUAACAAAACGAUGUCUAGGAGUCUCCUUCAUACAGGACUAUAACAUUUUUUUCAAAAAUAUUUUUUUAAUAUCAGGGCAUUUACCAUUUCUUUGUGAGCCGUUUGCCACUUCACGGCAUUCGGCUUACGGUUUUACCGGCUUAAGAAACGAUUAAACGCAAUAAAUAUUCUUGAAUUUUUGAAAUUUUAUUUUCUGGUGCCUUGAUCAGAUAUUCUUUUGAAGUACUUAACAAGUAUUCGGAAGCCGCAGACUUUUUGAUUUUUUUCAUUAUGAACAAUUUUUCGAAGCUUUGGUUUUCUCUAUAUUUUCCUAGUAAUGGGUAUUUGAAAAAGUUUAUGAAAUAAAAAUUCAAACAAAUCUGGCGUACUUUAAUUAUUCACGAGUUUUUUGAUGGAGAGAUCAAUGCCGUGUUCAAAGUAAUUUCGCGAAAUGUAAAACGAUCUCUGACUCUCCAAAAUUUAUUUAUAUUUUUCUUUCUCUGACGACUAUUUCGCAUUUCGCGAAAUUACUUUAAACACGGCAUAAGAAUGAAUUUGUUCUUUUAGCAGAGAUCUUAUGCCGUGUUCAAUUUGAUUCCGAGAAAUGCAAAAUACCCGUUAGAGAAAGGAAAAGAUCACUAAACUUUGGAGAGUCAGAGAUCAUUUUUUCGCGGAAUCAAAUUGAACACGGCAUUGGCUUCUUAAGUUUAUUUUUUCUCAUCGAGUGAAAGAAAAAAUUGCAGACGGCUCCUGCAAACAGCGACUCGUUGGAAUACUACCUGCGGUUAUCACCUGACACGCUUUUCUUCAUUUUUUAUUAUAUGGAGGUUCGUUUUGUACUGUUUUUGUUGGCGGCUUCAAUGGAAAUAUCUGAUCGAAAAAAAAAUUGUUGAUUAAAUAGCCUUUUUCAACAAAAAGGUUCAGGGAACGAGGGCACAGCUGCUGGCGGCGAAGGCCUUGAAGAAGCUCUCUUGGCGGUUUCACACCAAGUACCUGACGUGGUUCCAGCGACACGAGGAGCCCAAGCAAAUCACCGACGACUAUGAACAGGUCCGAUUCUCGCGCACCCUUUUUUCCAUUCCGAACUAUUCGAUUUCCAGGGAACCUACGUGUAUUUUGACUUUGAAAAAUGGUCUCAGCGGAAGAAGGAGUCGUUCACUUUCGAGUACAAGUUCUUGGAAGACAAGGAGUUCGACUGA